AUGUACACGGAUUCUGUUGCCAAUCAAAUCGAUCGGGAAAAGCACUUGGUUGCACACAAAGGGUUUAACAGUGGGUUGUUGCAGAUGGGUUGUACCUACUUAACGUUGCCUCUGAGAACAGUGAAGCCUAGAGCGGAUGGCUUCUGGAUGGAGGGACAUGGCCAAUUGCAGAUGGAGAAAGGAUUGGGCGACGCCGUGGAUGGCCAAGUCACUCAUGUCUCGCAUCAGUGGAGUGAGCAGGUGCAAGGCGCUGUCCGCGGCUCUCAGUUGGAGAUGCGGCAUUCUGGAGAUGGCAAGGCACAGCGACUGGGUGGCAUCACGGACAUGUUAAUGUGA